AUGGGUCAUAGGAGAAGGACUAAUAAUAAACUCAAAUCAAAUAAAAUCUAUCGAUCUAUCUAUCUAUCUAUCUAUACAUUUCUAUCUAUCAAUCUGUUUAAUUCUAUUUCUGUUAUCUAUCUAGCAAUCUGUCUUCAUUUCUAUGAGACUAUCUAUCUAUCUAUCUAUCUAUCUAUCUUAGUAGCUUCAUUCUAUGUAUCUAUCUUCAUUUUUCUCUUUCUUUUUAUCAAUACUUGUUGGUUUUUCUUUUUCUUUCUGUCCUUCUUUAUUCAUCUACGUACAUUUCUUUCCCAGUCUAUUUCUCUCUCUCUCUCUCUCUCUCUCUCUAUCUAUCUAUCUAUCUAUCUACUUUUUCUUUCUUUUUUAUUUAUGUCUUCCUUUGAUUUUAUUUGGAUGCUAUCUUUCUUCGCGUCUUUCUUUGUUUAUCUAUCUAUCUUAUCUAUCUAUCUAUCUAUCUAUCUAUCUAUCUAUCUAUCUAGCUAUCUAUCUAUCUAUCUAUCUAUCUUCUGUUCAUUUCUAUCUCUGCCUAUUCAUAUCAUAUCAUAUCAUAUCUAUCUAUCUAUCUAUCUAUCUAUCUAUCUAUCUAUCUAUCUAUCUAUCUAUCUUAAUCUCUUAAUUAUCUAUCUAUCUAUCUAUCUAUCUAUCUAUCUAUCUAUCUAUCUAUCUAUCUUAAUCUCUUAA